AUGGGUUUGGAUUUUGAUGUCUUUGAAUUCUGCAAAAAAUUGCGUCAGAACAGGCCUCCUCCGUAUCAGUGUCCGCUAGAGAAAUGUGAUAAAGUAUAUAAGAGUUUAUGUGGUUUGCAAUAUCACUUAGUAAACUAUGACCAUGACAAUCCAACGCCGGCGACACCUUCGAUAACAAGCAGUCGCAAGAAAGGCAGGGCUCGGGCUGCUGUGCCAACUGGAGAUAUCGCACUUCAAAGCCCUCCAAAGGAAGCUUUGACUUUUGCUGAAGCACAGAAAGUGGUGCAGUUUGAAGUUGAUGGAAAAAUUAGUAGAAUACCCAUUGACCAGCCAUUGCCUAUAGUAUCAUUGGAGGAGUGGGAGAGAAAAAAUGCAGAAUUAGAAAAGCCAAUGCCAUUUGUAGAGCCACCUUCAGAGCCUCAUGUUAAAUUACCAGAGGCUACAUUCCGUCUAAUACCAGAUUAUAAUGCACGGGUAUGUGAUGCACCACCUCGCCCAAAUGCGUACAUACGUUUCAUAGAGAAGUCAGCUGAGGAAUUGGAUGGUGAAGUGGAAUAUGAUGUCGAUGAAGAAGACACAGCUUGGCUGGCAAUCAUUAAUAAGAACAGAACCAAGCAGGGUCUACCGCCCGUCUCUGUUGAUACCUUGGAGCUACUCAUGGAUAGAUUGGAAAAGGAAUCCUAUUUUCAGGCUACACAGAAUGGUCAACAGCCAGCGGCAACAGUAGACGAAGAUGCUGUAUGUUGUAUAUGUAUGGACGGUGAAUGCCAGAACACUAAUGUGAUCCUGUUCUGUGAUAUGUGUAACCUGGCUGUCCACCAAGAUUGUUAUGGGGUGCCAUAUAUACCAGAGGGACAAUGGCUGUGCAGACGCUGUCUUCAAUCACCAUCACGACUUGUUAAUUGUGUGCUAUGUCCCAACACUGGAGGAGCAUUCAAGCAGACAGAUCAAGGCACUUGGGCUCACGUCGUUUGCGCGCUCUGGAUACCAGAAGUUCGCUUUGCAAAUACAGUAUUUUUGGAACCUAUUGAUUCAAUAGAGAUGAUUCCGCCUGCUCGUUGGAAGCUUCAGUGUAUGGUUUGCAAGCAGCGUGGUGCGGGUGCUUGUAUACAAUGCCACCGCAGCAACUGUUACAGUGCCUUCCAUGUUACAUGCGCCCAGCAGGCCGGUUUGUAUAUGAAAAUGGAAGCAGCCGGAUCUGGCCGUGAUCCCAGUCAACCAGUUCAAGUGGCCAAAAUGGCAUACUGUGAUGCACACACGCCAGCACAUGUAUUACAGGAGAGAAGAGCUUUGGAAUCGGAAGGUGAAAGUAAAUCUUCAGAUUUGACUUCCAUACGUCAGAAAGGAAGGGACAAGAUAAAACAGGCUCGGAGAGUGUUAGCGUUGAAGCGUACAUGGGCGCCGGUAGUCCUAGUACCAACAUUACCACCUGAACGUGUUGCUGAGAUUGCUCAACUAUCACAUGGAACGCCCGCAGCUAGGGCUCAAUUGAUGAAGAGACUCCUGGCUUACUGGACCCUUAAAAGACACAGCAGAAACGGGGUUCCUCUCCUUAGGAGGCUACAGAGCCUGACCAGCCAUCACGGGAGCCGAGGUAUUCAAGAUGGCACUGUAAAUGUACGAGAACUCUGCAAUCAACUUAAGUAUUGGCAGAGGAUAAGACAAGAUCUUGAGAGGGCAAGAUUGCUGUGUGAGUUGGUACGUAAACGCGAGCGUCUGAAGGCGGAAUACACUCGUGUUUGGGAGCGCUGCGUCUUGCACACGCUGCGCCCUGAACGUGCUAUGCUGAGCAAGAUGCUGCGGAUGAUGAGACACGCUGAUCAUAGUGACGUGUUCACAGAGCCAGUCGACCCGCUUGAGGUUCCAGAUUACAGCACCGUCGUUAAGCAUCCCAUGGAUUUAAGUACCAUGGGUAAGAAAUUGGACAGAGGCAUCUAUAAGACUAUAGAUGACGUAGAAGCAGACUUUCAACUAAUGAUCGACAACUGCCUCACAUAUAAUAAAAAGGAUACGGUAUUUUACAAAGCUGGUGUCAAGAUGAGGGAGCAGUGCACGUCUAUAUUUCGUCAAGCGCGUCGUGACGUCAUAGAGGCAGGUCUACCGUCGCUGGCUGGGGAGGGGGACGCAGAGGAGACUUACACACACGGACGCACACAUGCACAGAAACACACACAGUCAAGGCGCAGGAGUGUUAGGCACACAAGCAGUGACAGCGAUCGUACAGCCGAUACUAGAAGCGAGCGCGGCGUAUCCCUGGCACGUAGCGAACGACGACGGACCAGCGCAUUGAGAGACACCGAUGAUGAUAUUAAUCCGCGCGAGCCGUCACCAGCUAAGAGUAAAGUUAAUCGCAAUUGGUGGCGCGGCCGUGGUCGUGGUAGAGGCAGGAGGGGGCGGAGGGGCCGUGGGAGGGGAGGACACGUGUCGCCUCGACCACCCAGGGAUAAUGAUACUCCGACAACGGAUUCAGAAGCGCCUAUAAUUAAAUCGAAGACUGUUGAGCGAACACAAAAAUUGGUUACGCCGGAAAAGUCACCAACGAAGCAACUGGAAAGUACUGGCCUAGGAUUGCUGGGUGGUUUGAGAAAACCAACUUUGCUUGUGACGCCCUCAAUAACAACCCCGCCGAAGAGUUUUGGUUCUGAUGCCACUCUGCCAACACUAUCAGCCAGCUUGGGACAUACGGAACCCUCGCCCAGGAAGAAGGGUCGCGGUCGUCCACGGAAACAAGAUAAGACCACAGAUCUAUUCAGAGGGGACACAGAAGUGCUAGGAGGAGCCUCGUUCCUUCAAUACCGCGGCCCUCCAGGCGAGGUCGGCUCGGAUAGCGAUUUGGCACUAUCAAGAUCAUCAAGCAGUAGUUCAGCGUGGUCCCAGUCGUGCUCAUCGUGCACUCAUUAUGACGAUGAUAGAUCUGGCGAUGACAGUUCCAGUGAAGGUUCUAGUUACAAUGAAACGUUGGAUUCGUUAGAAAGCCACGGUCCGGAGCCUAGACGUCGCGGCCGUCGGGCUGAUGAAGUCGACCGCACUCAGCCAGCGACACCCGUCAAGGGCCGUGGUACAAGAUCUUCUACAUCCAAGACUCCAGUGAAAGUAACACAAUCAGAUGUUCUGCUUGAGCCAUUGCAAUUAGUAUGGGCAAAGUGCAGAGGCUAUCCUUGGUAUCCCGCACUAAUAAUAGAUCCGAAGAUGCCAAAAGGUUACAUAUACAAUGGAGUUCCAUUACCGGUGCCACCUCAAGAUGUACUGAACCUCAAGAAGAAUUAUGCUCAUGAACCAGUAUUAUAUCUAGUUCUAUUUUUCGACGUUAAACGAACAUGGCAAUGGUUGCCUCCAAAUAAAUUGGAAAUCUUAGGCUUGGAUAAGGAGAUAGAUGAAGCCAAAUUGGUUGAAUCUCGGAAACCGACCGAUAGGAAGGCUGUCAAGAAGGCUUAUGGUGAUGCAAUGCAGUUCCGGAAGCAAGUUGAUGGUGAUAAAUGA